UUGCUUCCUGCACCGAUGGCGGAAGCGCCGUCGACAGCGACGAUAACUGACGCCCUGGCUGCAUCCACGCUCGAGUCUGUGUCAGAACCGGCAACUGACCCCUCUCCUGAAGGCCCUCCUGAACCGGCCCCAGACUCGGAGCCAGCGCGCCAGGCCACGCCCGAGCCUGAGCCUGUACCCGAGCUCCCCCCGCCGCGCGACGACCCUUUCACGCUCGACACGCUUUGGGAAUAUAACGGCUCCGACGAGAACAAGCCCUUGCUCGUCUCCAUCAAAGGGACGGUGUUCGACGUGUCGGACAACUAUGCGGUCUACGGCCCACACCGGUCGUACGCUGUCUUCACGGGGCGCGACGCGUCGCAUGGGAUGGGCUGCAGCAGCAUCCGGUUUGAGGACGCGUAUCCGGACUAUUCGGGCUUGAGCGAGGCGCAAAUGGGGGUGUUGGAUCAAUGGCAUGCGAUGUUUACGAAGAAAUACCCGAUUGUGGGGAAGGUGGUUGAUCAUCCGACGCUGUUGGCAGAGAAAGAGAAGGGGAAAGGGAAAGCGAGAGAUUUUGAGGCUGCCGGUGCUAAGGAAGAACCUUUGACCCAGUCAACAACUUGA